UGAAACUUUCCGACUCUGACGACAAUAAGAAGCAAGGCGGUGGAGCCAUUCUCUCUUUUCUGAAGUCACGUGACAAAGGACUGAUGACGUCAUUGACAUCGUCAUCGUCGUGGGUGGGAGGGACAUGUGGAAUAAUUGACAGGGUGCAUUAUGUAGCGCACCAAAAUGAUACGGAUGAUGAGAAAUCUGAUUCUAAAAUUCCGUCACCAUCUUCAACGUCGUCGCUAUCUUCACUAACGACAGCUGCCUGCAAACAAGAGGGGUCCAGUGUCACUAAGUCUCCAACGAACGAGCAUAUCGAAUUACAGUUUUCUGACAGUAACUGCAAGUUCUACUGCAAGGUCCUGUAUGCCCAGAAGUUUGAGGAGUUGAGAAGAUGUGUUAUGCCUGCCGAGGGUGCAGAUUUUUUCAUUCACUCGAUGUCCCGUUGUGUCUCCUGGCUAGCGAGAGGCGGCAAAUCUGGAUCGAGUUUCUGCAAGACCAGGGAUAAUAGAUUUAUACUGAAGCAGAUGUCUCUAAAGGAAGUUCAAUCCUUCAAUGAAUUCGCACAUCACUACUUCAAUUACGUCAUUUCCUCUCACGAAAAACACGAAGCCAGCUUGUUGGCUCGUGUCGUCGGCGUUUAUAAGGUCGGACUGCAAAAUGCCAAAACGGGUACAUCCCUAAAGCAAGACUUGCUUGUUAUGGAAAACCUUUUUUACGCCCACAACAUUAAGCAGAUAUACGACUUGAAAGGUUCCGUGAGAAACCGUCUCAUCAACCAGUCUGACAACUGCCCUGAGGAUGUAGUGCUGCUCGAUGAAAACCUCAUCAGAGCGAUGAUGGAUAACCCGCUUUAUACGCACCCCCACUGCAAACUUGUCGCCAUGACCGCCAUAGCCAAAGAUACUGAAUUUUUAGCUAACAAUUUGAUCAUGGAUUACUCACUUCUCGUUGGCCUAGAUGAGGAGAAUGAAAGACUGGUCGUCGGAAUUAUUGAUUACAUGAGGACGUUUACAUGGGAUAAAAAAGUUGAGAUGAUCUUUAAAAACUCAUACGGAAGUAAAAUGCCAACAGUCGUCUCUCCUGACAUCUACCGACAGAGGUUUCUAGAAGCAAUGGAUAGAUAUUUCCUCAUCGUGCCAGACAAGUGGCGCAAGAUGGAGACCGUCAAAUUGUACAAUGAAGCCACAUCUCUACCUACGUAAUGCGAUGAUUUUGUCAAGAGUAUAGGACAUUUUUUAUCUUAUGUUUGUAUUAUUAUCUGUUGUUGUUGUUUCUAUUGUCGAUGUCAUUUUUAUUGUAGUCUUAAUAAAUUCUUCAAAUAACUUACUUACAGGCCAUAACAUUGCGCGUAACAUUAUGACACUGAUUUGCUUGGGAUGAAUGAAUAACGUAUUAUUUGUCAAUGGUUCAUGACUAUUUUUCUAUAUUAUAUUCUUUUUAUAUUGUUAUUUUUCUUAUACAUUCUUAAAUAUUUUUUCCCAUUAUUUAGAAUUAUUUCAUUUUAAGAUAAGCCUUAUAAAAUCGUACAACUAUGCAUUAUUCUGAAUAAAUUUUUGUUAGAUUUAUGGUAUGGCCAGAAACUUGACAAAGGUUUGAAUUUAUUUUUCAUUUUGUACGAAAAAUUAGUAUAAUAAUUUUUGGUUUUCAUUUUUAAAAGCAGUAUUGUAUGUGUUGCUUCAAAACUUUCAAUAAAUGUUUAUCUGAAAAAAAAA